AUGCCCCGGAGGCCACAGAGUCAGAACUGCCUGGACAUGGACAACAGGACCCGCAUCUCUGAGUUUGUUCUCCUUGGCCUCUCUGAGCAGCCCCAGAAGCAGCAGGUGUUCUUAGGUCUGUCCUUCAGCCUGUAUCUGAUCGGGGGCCUGGGGAACCUGCUCACCAUCCUGGCCAUCGUCUCAGACCCUCACCUGCACAGUCCCAUGUACUUCUUCCUCAGCAACUUGUCCCUUCUGGACAUCUGCUUCACCUCCACCACAGUCCCCAGCAUGCUUGCGAGCCACCUGUGUGGACGCACCACCAUGUCCUCCUCUGCCUGCCUGGCCCAGAUGUAUUUCUUCAUCACCUUUGGGGGAGCCGACAGCAUCCUCCUGUCAGUCAUGGCUUAUGACCGCUACAUGGCCAUCUGCUCUCCCCUGCACUAUGUGACAGUCAUGAGUUUCCUUCGCUGUGCCUUGCUGGUGGCUGUUCCGUGGACUUCAGCCAACCUCAUUUCCAUGGUCCACACUCUCCUGAUGACCCGCUUGUCCUUUUGCACCAAUAGGAUCCCACACUUCUUCUGUGACCUCAACGCCUUGAUCAAACUCUCCUGCUCUGACACCCAAGUCAACGAGAUGCUGGUGUUGGUCCUCGGGGGCUCAGUGGUUUUGAUCCCAUUUGUGUGCAUCAUAGCCUCUUACACACCUAUUGCCAUGGCCGUGUGGAAGGUGCCCUCUGCCUGGGGGAAGUGGAAAGCAUUCUCCACCUGCAGCUCUCACCUCUGUGUUGUCUCUCUCUUUUAUGGGACGAUCAUUGGGGUCUACUUCAACCCUGUAUCCACACACACCACCCAGAGGGACCUGUUAGCCACAGUGAUGUACACUCUGGUUGCACCCAUGCUGAAUCCCUUCAUCUACAGCCUGCGGAACCGAGAGCUGAAGGGCGCCCUCUGGAAACUUCUCAGUGGGAACCGCUUUGCUAAUUUUCUUUGA